UCUGCCAUAUUAACUCCCGCAAAAUAGGAUUUUGAGUCGGUAGAGCAGCCUGAGAUAAUUGAUCAUAUCUGCCCAUGAAUUCACGCAAUUUAAACCUCCAUCAUGGCAUCCGAACGGCUGCGCUGCCAGCAGGGCGAGUGGAAGACUCGCGAGCACUUCUCCAACCGACAGCUUAACAAGUACGACCGAGAAGCCCGCUACGCACAUGCGACUCCGUCCAAGACCGGAAUCCGCUGCAUCGAGCACUCGAACAAGCCCGCCCAUGAGAUGCAGUGUAAAGGCCCUUGCCAUCACGUCAGGGACAAGAAGUUUUUCAGCAAGAACACGAUUCGCAGUGGAACUCAAUGGUGCGUCGACUGCACGGAUUGGAAGCUCAGAACGGAGAACGGAGAGGCGCUGCCGGCUCCGGGCGCCCAGCUAUCGGCUGAGGAAGUCGGCCCUCCAUCGAGAGACCGCGCGGCCGUUGAGAGCUAUGACGUGGACCUCAACGAAGUUGAGUCCUCUAUCGGGACCGAGGACGAUCGCUCAGAGCGCAUGUCGACGCUUGGGGGCACCGAGAGCAUUUCCGAGACGGAAUCAGUUCAAUACGGCAACUGGUCGGACAACUUGAACCCCAUGCAUCUCGGACAGGUGCAAACGAGAGCGCCGCACUGGCUCAUCCCCGAUAUGGGCGGACGACCGACCUGGUCUCGGCAGUUGGCGACCGGUACAUCCGACAGCAUUUCGGUUGCCAGCAGCAGCGACAUGACCGCAACUGAACGCCCGGCCGGUAGGGAGCCCGUCCCCUUCAACGCUUGGGGGCCCAACGGGGAAUAUGCUCGUAUGGUCAAGACCCCAACAGUCGCGUCAGGCAGCGCCCGCACGGGGACAACUACCCCCCGCCAGCCUGUGGAGCAGAACAAAAGUGGUUGGGCCAAGGUGCCGUCCCGUAAGCACGCGCCCCAGCUCCCGGACUAUCUGAAGGCCGAGAGGGUCGAUGGGGGCAGCGACAACUCAGAUCACUACUCGGAUGGCGACUCGGACGGCCUCGACAUGGGGUCUGAUUCCGAUAUUUACGCCAACUGAGGAUCUCCGAGGCAGUGGCUCCUCGUCUCUUAGCUUUGUUUCUCUUUUUUCUUCUCACCUCGUGCACGGAGUUGCUUGGAAGGCGGCGUCAUGGCCCUCCACAUUACACAUCAGCAAGGCCCUCCCUCAUCAGAGGGAGAACGCCAACUGAUGCUUGGAAGGCAGAUGGUUCAUAUAAAAAGGAAUUGUACGAUGGAAUGGCAGUCGGAGAUACAU